CGCGCGUGCCUCCAUCCUCUCCUCCUCCUCUGUGCUUCUGGACGCGCCAGAUGUGAACAUCUAACCACCUUUAAAGGGCGCUCUUGGCUUCUUGUGCGCAUGGCUUUUCCUCCGUGCCGUGACCAAACAUUUGAAGAGUGGGUGGGUGUACAUUUUAUUUGACACCAUCAUGCCACAACAGCAACAUAAUGGCAUUUAGGAGCGGUUGCUGCUGCAGUUCCGGUCCAAUCAACGAGGACAAUGCGAGGUUCCUGCUGCUGGCCUUGUUCAUCAUCGUCUAUCUGCUGUGUGGAGCAGCGGUCUUCUCCGCGCUGGAGCAGCCGAAAGAGAGGGAGGCUAAGGAGCGAUGGGCGCAGAGGUUCGAGCUCUUCAGCCAGACCUACAACCUGAGCAAGAAGGAGCUCAACAACUUCCUCAGGAACUACGAGGAGGCGAACGUAGCCGGAAUUCGAGUGGACACCAUCAGACCUCGAUGGGACUUCACCGGAGCUUUUUACUUCGUGGGGACUGUGGUUUCCACAAUUGGGUUCGGGAUGACCACACCUGCCACAAUCGGAGGGAAAGUCUUCCUGAUGUUCUACGGCCUUCUCGGCUGCGCGGCCACCAUCCUCUUCUUCAACCUCUUUCUGGAGCGGGUCAUCACGGUCAUCGCCAUUGUCCUCAAGUCCUGCCACGAGCGGCGCCACAACAAGGUUCUUCUCCCCCAAAACGGUCAGGGAGUUCGUGCAAAGUCCAAAGGGGAGGAUCUGGCCGGCUGGAAGCCUUCGGUGUACUGUGUCAUGUUCAUCCUCGGCGCAGCAGCCGUGUUGGUGUCCUGCUGCGCCUCCUUCAUGUACUCUGCAGCCGAGGGCUGGGGAUACCUGGACUCGCUCUACUUCUGCUUCGUGGCUUUCAGCACCAUUGGCUUUGGAGAUAUGGUGAGCAGCCAGCGUCUGGUCUAUGAGGGCCACGCCACGGCGGCGUAUCAGCUGGGCAACUUCGUGUUCAUCCUGACGGGCGUCUGCUGCAUCUACUCCCUCUUCAACGUCAUCUCCAUUGUCAUCAAGCAGGUCCUCAACUGGCUGCUGAGGAGACUCGACGCCCCCUGCAGAUGUUGUUACCCCAGAAGGGGUCUCCACCCACGCCGGCACCCACGUCGGAAUGUGGUGGCCCCAGGCCACUUGCGAGCCCGCAGGGAACUUUCCAUAGAGACGGACGCCGUCAAUGAGAGCGAGACUGACGCCGGGCGCAGGAUGUCUGGAGAGAUGAUCUCCAUGAGAGACUUUCUAGCGGCAAAUAAGGUCAACUUGGCCAUCAUGCAGAAGCAGCUCUCCGAGAUGGCCAUCGGGCACCCGCGCCAACCCGGCUCUACUUCACGUCAGAACGGCUUCUCUGAGGGCGUCGGGGCCCUCGGCAUCAUGAACAACCGGCUGGCAGAGACCAGCGUGGACAGAUAGGAGGAAGACCACACAAAGGAGAAGAAAACAAAGACCAGUGCUUCCCCGGAGAGUUGAAUGUAUGGAUUUGAGUGUAUUUUUCCAGUAUGAAUGAUGCAUGGCAAGUGUGCUGGAAUCUCACAUGUUCCUCUCGUGUGGAAUUCAGUUGCCAUGGUGAUGAAGAAGCCUGCCUUGUUCUCUUGUUUCCAAGCUUUAAAGGCUUAUGUGCCAUAGGCGACUUCCACUGGUCUUAAUAAGUACUUGACAGUACAUGCACUGUAUCGUAUCACAGUAUCACAUGCAGUUCCGGAUACAUUGUGUUAUAUUCACGGGAGAAAAAUAACGCCAAUAAAAAUGUUUCCCUGUGCCUGUCUUUGGGUGUUACUUUGAUACUUUUUUACCAGUCCAGUGUAGGAC